AUGCUUGAUGUAGUAAACAACCAAGAUGAGAAUAUUCGUAUUACUCGAUCAAUUGGAUUGAAUGCUCAAUUUCUCGAUGUUUCGGUAUAUAACAAUCAAGGACAAUUAAAGACUACUGUCUUUCAUAAACCAUCAGCAGCACCUUACAUUCUACCAUUUUUAUUUGAUCAUCCACGUCAUAUUCAUCGUAGUAUAAUCAAAGCUGCUCUCCUUCGAGCGGUACGUCUUUGCUCACAUGUGCAAGAUUUUAAUCAAGAACGAUUACGUAUUGAAAUCACACUAUUAUUGAAUGACUAUCCUCCAAAGUUUAUUGCCUAUCACUUCAAAACGUUUUUUCAGCAAAACAAUGUCGCUUUAUUAUUAGAGCAAUUAGAUGAUGCGAUUUAUCAAGGAUUCCAUCAAAAGCAAAUUAGUUUACCAACACAGCAUGAGAGAGAACGACAACAAGGCCAACCAACAAAUUCAGAUCGAACCAAACAAUCACCAAAUCAAACUGAACAGAGGCGAGAACAAUGGAAUAGUAAAGAAAUUCGUGUUCAUUAUAUUUAUUCCAGUGGUCCAAUGUCAGAAUUCAAACAAAGAUUGAAACAGUUAUGGAAAAAUCACUAUGUGCAUCCUGGUUCGCCAUUGAACAAUGUAGCAUUAAAAAUUGGUACAAGAUCUAAUAAAUCUCUGCAGCAUAUAUUANAUCGAACCAAACAAUCACCAAAUCAAACUGAACAGAGGCGAGAACAAUGGAAUAGUAAAGAAAUUCGUGUUCAUUAUAUUUAUUCCAGUGGUCCAAUGUCAGAAUUCAAACAAAGAUUGAAACAGUUAUGGAAAAAUCACUAUGUGCAUCCUGGUUCGCCAUUGAACAAUGUAGCAUUAAAAAUUGGUACAAGAUCUAAUAAAUCUCUGCAGCAUAUAUUAGUGAAGAACAAACCACUGAAAUCUAUGCUAAUCGAUAUUAAUACUACAAAUACAUAA